GACGUUUUUAGUUUUUGUCGAAACGUGUUGCUGGGAUUUUCUCUCAGUUGAGUUGGUGUCCAUUUACAUUGUGGCUUUUUUUGAGGAAUUAACAAUGAAGCGGAAGCACACGUCCACAAAGAUUCAUGAUAAAUUGAAAGCUAUUGAGUUAGUGAAAAACGGAGAGAGACUUGCGGAUGUGGCUGCAUCCUACGGAGUUGGUAAACAGACUGUGCUGGACUGGAUGAAUCAAGAGGAUCGCUUUAAGAACUAUGCUGCACAAUGUGCUGAGAAUUCACUUAAAAUGUCCAUUAGGUCAUCAUACAAUCCUCAUAUGAGGAAGAAUGCCAAGGGACGACAGCUUCAUGAUGUUUUGUUUGAUGGUCUUCACGACGGUUCCGGCAGUUCUGGGUGGCUUAAAUGCAAAAGAGACUCCGAUGUGGAACAGAUGGCAAUAGGUGAAGAGGCUACGUCUUCCAGGGAGAUGAUGUUGUCAACAUUCUAUCAACAACUCCAGGAAGUCAUCGAAAGGGAAAAUAUUGGAUGCCACCAAAUCUACAAUGCCGAUGAGACUCGUCUGAAUUUCAGGAAAUUGCCAAAUAAAACCCAUGCAGCCCGAAUCCAAAGAAGUGCAGGAGGAUUUAAUCCGAGUAACGAGAGAAUAACAAUUUUGGCUUGUGCGAACGCCAAUGGAGCACAUAAGAUUCCACUAUUUUUGAUCGGAAAGUCCAAACAUCCACGAGCGCUGAAGAAUGUGAACCCAUCGGGCUUGCCUGUGAAGUAUGAAGGUCAGGAAUCAGCGUGUAUGACGAAAACUCUCUUUAGACGCUGGUUUCACGAAGAUUUCGUCCCAGAAGUUAGAAGGUACCUGAAUGAGGAAGGUCUUCCGGAAAAGGCUAUUCUUCUCUUGGACAACUCUCAAGUGCAUCCGGAUGAGGAUGAACUCGUGUCUGAUGGCAUUAGAGUAAUCUUCUUGCCGCCAGACAUUACCUCCAUAAUUCAGCCAAUGGAACAAAAUGUCCUGGAAAUGUUAAAGAAAAAAUAUCGAAGGAUUUUCCUUGAAUUCAUUCUAGGACAAAUUGAGAGUGACCCAAACGUGAUGAAUGCCGUCAAGGCGGUGGAUAUCCUGCAGACAAUUACAUGGACUGCCGAAGCGUGGUCUCAAGUGGAUUCAGAUACCAUUGCCAGAAGCUGGAGGGGGAUUUUUGAAAUGACCAUCAACUCAGAUGAACCGCCAAAUGACGAAAUUAAUGCUGACGAUGUGGACAUGGACCACUUGAUCCAACUGGCCAAUGGUCUACCUCACAUUGAUCCCAUCAUUGAGGAAGAUAUUUCAUACUGGAUACAAAGUGAUAAUUAUUGGGAAAGUGAGAAUGCAACUGUUGACAUGGAGAGGGCGGUGAAGAGUACGAAGCAUAUCAUUCCCAAACAAGAGUCUCAUGAACCCGAAAAACUUCAAGAGCAGAACGUUGAUGAAGAAAUUUCACCAGAACAGGCGCUCAAGGCAUUGGAUGUUGUCCUGAAAUAUGUACGACAGCAAAAAGAAAGCCUUCCAACAAUUAUGACCAUUCAUAGGCUGAGGGAGGAAGCAGCUCAAAGCAGGGGGAUAGUUCUCAAAUGAAAUGUAAUUUGUUAAUAUUUGUAGUUUAUGAAGACUGAUAAAUGAAUUUUUGUAAAAA